GUCCCCGUCCUCGAUGGCUUGAACUGGCCACUCUGGUCUCAACAGAUGAAGGCGUACCUAAUGUCCCAAGGUCUUUGGGGACACUGUGAUGGUACGAUUACUAUGCCUGACACCAUUGUACCCACCUACAAGGAUGGAAGCACCAGUCAAGAUACCUCUGCACAAGAGGCCUGGAGACUGAAUGAUACCAAGGCUAUCGGUACUAUUCGUCUUCGAAGCUCCCCUGCAGUUGCCACCCUUAUUCAAAGCAAGACAAUGGCUAAAGAAACUUGGGAUGAGCUCAACUUCACAUAUGGUAUCUCAUCUCUUGCCUCCAUCUAUAAUGAACUGCGUGGGACUGUCCCUAACUGUCACCAGGGACUGAUCUGUCUCAAUGCGCUCCCCCCUCAGUAUGACUCCCUCAUUCAAGUCUUAGUGCAG